UACUUCUAAAUAACUCAGUAUUUUUUUUUAAUACAUUAUAUUACUUCCAUGGAAAUAGUAUCAGAGAGCUUCAGAUAGGGAAGAGAUUAUGUCAUUAUUCUAGAGUCACUGAAAAUGUUUGUUUCCCUCUAGUUUUUACAUGAUCACCUCUACCAUUGACAAUAUUCCACUCAUAUUCCUCCUGCCUAUGCCUUCUCAUGUUAACAGUAAGUUAUACAAUCUCAACUAAGUUUCAUUAUACAUGAGAACUAAGUUCAGUGCUUGCUUUUUGCUGGCAUCUCUUAAUCCUGUUCCCCACUUGUUAUGCUGUGCACUGAACUUCUAGUAGCCCAAAUGUGUUAAGUAGACCAUAGGAGUGGUAUGAAAAUAAAGUGAGAUGAAGAAUAUGUAAAAGCCUUCACAGAAUUAUAGAAGUGUAAUUUUUUUUCUGCUGGCUUUCAAGACAAAAGGUAAAUACUGUAUAUGUAAAAUUUUCCUUUCAGAAAUCUUUGUGCGUGUGUUUUUUUUUUUUAAGAAUGUCCAGUAACAUACUUAGCAAAGACUCUAGUUGUUAAAACUUUUGGCAGUUCUUGAUGUAGAAUUGAUGAUUGACCUAGUAAAACUGUUUGAAUGUUGACUACUUUUUAUUAAUGUUAUCUCUAAACUGUUACUGAAUUAAACUUAAGGUGGCAACAUGUUGAUAUAUGUAUUGGGUGAGCAAUUCAUGGGAAAGAGAUAAAACUUCUUAAUAUAGUAGUAGAAAGACUGUCUUCUGGCUUAUAAAGCAUUAUGACUUGCAAAAGUUUUGGUAUCUUUAAAAGCUUUGGUCACCAUUUGCCUUGUGCUCCAUCCAAAACUACAUUGGUGACUUUUGUAUUUAUUGAGUCAUUUCAUGGGAAAACACAUAUAUUCACGUAUACAAUAAAUAUUUGAGAGCCUACUAUAUGUGAAGUAGUGUUUAGGAGUACAUUUGAAAACAAAACAAAGGUCUCCACCCUAUCUAGCUACAUUCUGGUGGAGGUGUGUGUGUGUUGAAGUAUGUUUGAAGGUGGUAAGUGCUACGGAAAAAUGAAAGUUAAACAGUGUAGAGUUGGCUUGGGGGCUGGUUGCAAUUUAAAAUAGGGAGGUCACAGUAGGCCUUACCUGAGAAGAUGGCAUUUGAAUAAUCACUUUAGGGAGAAGAGAAGCAUUUCAGACCGAAGAACCAACUAGUUCAAAGAUUCUGCUUUGGAAUGUGCCUUCCUUAUUCAAGAGACAGCAAGAGGGCCAAAGUUGCUGGAGUAGCUUGAAGUAGGGAGGUGUGGAAUAUCAAACAAAUGAUUAAGUUGACACAAGAACAUAUAGAGGCCCUGUUGGACAAAUUUGGUGGGGAGCAUAAUCCACCAUCAAUAUAUCUGGAGGCCUAUGAAGAAUACACCAGCAAGCUAGAUGCCCUCCAACAAAGAGAACAACAAUUAUUGGAAUCCCUGGGGAAUGGAACUGAUUUUUCUGUUUCUAGCUCUGCGUCAACGGACACAGUUACAUCUUCUUCCUCUUCUAGCCUUUCAGUGCUACCUUCAUCUCUUUCAGUUUUUCAAAAUCCCACAGAUGUGUCACGGAGCAACCCCAAGUCACCACAAAAACCUAUCGUUAGAGUCUUCCUGCCCAACAAACAGAGGACAGUGGUACCUGCAAGGUGUGGAGUUACAGUCCGAGACAGUCUAAAGAAAGCACUGAUGAUGAGAGGUCUAAUCCCAGAGUGCUGUGCUGUUUACAGAAUUCAGGAUGGAGAGAAGAAACCAAUUGGCUGGGACACUGAUAUUUCUUGGCUUACCGGAGAAGAAUUGCAUGUAGAAGUGUUGGAAAAUGUUCCACUUACAACACAUAACUUUGUACGGAAAACUUUUUUCACCUUAGCAUUUUGUGACUUUUGUCGAAAGCUGCUUUUCCAGGGUUUCCGCUGUCAAACAUGUGGUUAUAAAUUUCACCAGCGUUGUAGUACAGAGGUCCCACUGAUGUGUGUCAAUUAUGACCAACUUGAUUUGCUGUUUGUCUCCAAGUUCUUUGAACACCACCCAAUACCACAGGAAGAGGCCUCCUUAGCAGAGACUGCCCUUACAUCUGGAUCAUCCCCUCCUGCACCCCCCUCAGAUUCUAUUGGGCCCCAAAUUCUCACCAGUCCAUCUCCUUCAAAAUCCAUUCCAAUUCCACAGCCCUUCCGACCAGCAGAUGAAGAUCAUCGAAAUCAAUUCGGGCAAAGAGACCGGUCCUCAUCAGCUCCCAAUGUGCAUAUAAAUACAAUAGAACCUGUUAAUAUUGAUGACUUGAUUAGAGACCAAGGGUUUCGUGGUGAUGGAGGAUCCACCACAGGUUUAUCUGCCACACCCCCUGCCUCAUUACCCGGCUCACUCACUAAUGUGAAAGCCUUACAGAAAUCUCCUGGACCUCAGCGGGAAAGGAAGUCAUCUUCAUCCUCAGAAGACAGGAAUCGAAUGAAAACACUUGGUAGACGGGAUUCAAGUGAUGACUGGGAGAUUCCUGAUGGGCAGAUUACAGUGGGACAAAGAAUUGGAUCCGGAUCAUUUGGAACAGUCUACAAGGGAAAGUGGCAUGGUGAUGUGGCCGUGAAAAUGUUGAAUGUGACAGCACCUACACCUCAGCAGUUACAAGCCUUCAAAAACGAAGUAGGAGUACUCAGGAAAACACGACAUGUGAAUAUCCUACUCUUCAUGGGCUAUUCCACAAAGCCACAACUAGCUAUUGUUACCCAGUGGUGUGAGGGCUCCAGCUUAUAUCACCAUCUCCACAUCAUUGAGACCAAAUUUGAGAUGAUCAAACUUAUAGAUAUUGCACGGCAGACUGCACAGGGCAUGGAUUACUUACACGCCAAGUCAAUCAUCCACAGAGACCUCAAGAGUAAUAAUAUAUUUCUUCAUGAAGACCUCACAGUAAAAAUAGGUGAUUUUGGUCUAGCCACAGUGAAAUCUCGAUGGAGUGGGUCCCAUCAGUUUGAACAGUUGUCUGGAUCCAUUUUGUGGAUGGCACCAGAAGUAAUCAGAAUGCAAGAUAAAAACCCAUACAGCUUUCAGUCAGAUGUGUAUGCUUUUGGGAUAGUUCUGUAUGAAUUGAUGACUGGACAGUUACCUUAUUCAAAUAUCAACAACAGGGACCAGAUAAUUUUUAUGGUGGGACGAGGAUACUUAUCUCCAGAUCUCAGUAAGGUACGGAGUAACUGUCCAAAAGCCAUGAAGAGAUUAAUGGCAGAGUGCCUCAAAAAGAAAAGAGAUGAAAGACCACUCUUUCCCCAAAUUCUCGCCUCUAUUGAGCUGCUGGCCCGCUCAUUGCCAAAAAUUCACCGCAGUGCAUCAGAACCCUCCUUGAAUCGGGCUGGUUUCCAAACAGAGGAUUUUAGUCUAUAUGCUUGUGCUUCUCCAAAAACACCCAUCCAGGCAGGGGGAUAUGGAGAAUUUGCAGCCUUCAAGUAGCCACACCAUCAUGGCAGCAUCUACUCUUAUUUCUUAAGUCUUGUGUUCGUACAAUUUGUUAACAUCAAAACACAGUUCUGUUCUCAAAUCUUUUUUUAAAGAUACAAAAUUUUCAAUGCAUAAGCUGAUGUGGAACAGAAUGGAAUUUCCUAUCCAACAAAAGAGGGAAGAAUGUUUUAGGAACCAGAAUUAUCUGCUGCCAGUGUUUCUUCUUCAACACAAAUACCAAGUGCAUACAAGUCUGCCCACUCCCAGGAAGAAAAAGGAGAAACCCUGAAUUCUGACCUUUUGAUGGUCAGGCAUGAUGGAAAGAAACUGCUGCUACAGCUUGGGCGAUUUGCUCUGGAAAGUCUGCCAGUCAACUUUGCCCUUCUAACCACCAGAUCAAUAUGUGGCUGAUCAUCUGAUGGGGCAAUUUCAAUCACCAAGCAUCGUUCUCUUUCCUAUUUUGGGAUUUUGUUGUGGAGCUCUUUCCACUAACCACCACCGGUUAAUUCUGAGGGAUGGAACAAAAAUGCAGCUUGCCCUUUCUGUGUGGUAUGUGUUCAGUCCUUGACAAAUUUUAUUAAAAUGGAGCUUUUUAUUUCAAUGGAGGAUGAGCAAUGAGCAGGAGAUACAUUUUGGUAUAGAAGGAAGGGGCAUGCUGCAUCUUUUUCCUGACCUCCUGGGUCUCUGGCCUUUUGUUCCCUUGCUCACUGAGGGGUCUGCCUAACCAAGCAGGCUGGAGACUGCUGGCACACAUUGCCUUCUUUCUCACUGGGUCCAGCAAUGAAGACAAGUUUUGGGGAUCUUUUUCCUCCACAGUGUAGCAAAUUCUCAGGAAAAUAAUGUUUAUAUCUUCCUCCUAAGCUCUUCCAGUCACCAAGUACUUAUGUGACUACUUUGUCCAGGGCAUAAAAUGCCAUGGCAGCAUCUAACUAAAAGCCUACAAAACUGCUUAAUAACAGUUACGAAUGUGAGAAAUUUAUGUAAUUUAAAUGUAAGGUACAGGUUUUAAUUUCUAAGUUCUAUUUUUAUUAAAAAGAAAAUAAUUUUCAGCUUUAAUUGGAAUAAAAUAAUACUUCCCACCAGAAUUAUAUAUCCUGAAAAUUGUAUUUUUGUUAUAUAAACACCUUUUAAAGAAAGGUCUUUAUCCAUUUCGCUACCUAAAUAUGGGAAGUCCUAGCAUAAUGACAAAUAUUUAUAAUUUUUAAAUUAAUGGUACUUGCUGGAUCCACACUAACAUCUUUGCUAUUAAUCUCAUUGUUUCUUCCAACUUAUUCCUAUACUACAUCCUACAUCCUCUUUCUAGUCUUUUAUCUAGAAUAUGCAACCUAAAAUAAAAAUGGUGGUAUCUCCAUUCAUUCUCUUCCUUCCUUUUUUUCCAAGCCUGGUCUUCAAAAGGUUGGGUAAUUUGGCAGCUGAAUUCCAGGCAGAAAAUAGAGCAAUUUUAGGAAUAUUUGGACUGAGGGAAGGUGUGGGAAGCCUAUCAUCACUUUUUUUUAUAGAAAGAGCUGACGUGGUAUUAAGAACCUAAAUCUUUCUUAUCUUUGCACAAAUGGAAAAUAUAACCUAGUCAUAGCUUCCCUUGGCCUUUAUUAAAGGGUAGUAUAAAUCACAGUAGUGACUCUGGAUGUAUUAAUGGCAAAUUAAUGGAAUUACUUCCCUGAGUCUAGAAUCAGGAUUUAGGAAUGUAAAUCAAAUCAGAUGUACUUAACCCAGCCAAGCUAUAGCCAAGGAUCUGAAAGAAAUUAGGGCCUAACAUAAAUCAGGGAAUUAGAAAUUGUUAUUUUAAAUUUUCAGAUUGUAACUCCUGGCCCUGCUAUGUAUCUUUCAGCCUACUAAAAGCUCAUUACCAUUACAUGAUUUUUGCUAAGGUAUCUGUAUUCAGAGGAAGGCCUAGUGAAAACUUCAUGGACUUGUAAAAGCUUGUCCUAGUAAAUUCAUUUGAAAAGCAAUGUGUUUUUAAGUCUUACAUGAGCAAGAUAGAAAUGAGGCAUGCUGAUUUGAAGAGCAUCUUCUGGGUGUGAUGCUGCCUGUCUUGAAAAGCAUUCAUUAUUUUUUCUUUUUAAAUAUGUCUCUGUAGAUGCUUUUUUUUUUUUUUUUUUCGGCAUAUUAUGGGGGUGCAGAUUCUAAGGUUUCAAUAAAUGCCCAUUUCCCCCCUGUAGAUGCUUUUAAACAUGGCUGUGUUCCCUUUACCAAGAUUGGCUUAAAGUCUCCCUAGGUGGAGAGUGCUGGGCUUUAACAGGUGUGUGUUCAUUCCAUGUCCUGCUGCGUGGCCAAGACAGAAGCCAGUAUAGUUAGGGAGGAAGCUUAGCAUUUGAGUUUUCUAAACAAAAUUCAGUGUGAUACGAUUUUUUCUUCCCUUUCAUUUUAGAAUAGGUUGCUAUCUCACUUGAAAAGGGGGAGCAGACUUGAUCUCAAAUGUAGCUGUGCCCAGAAGCCAGGCUCAGGGUAUUGAGAGCUUUUUAUAGAGAUCUUUAAAAAUAAAAAUACUCAAACCUCCCUUUUCUUUCUUUUUUCCAUCAGAUAGUUUUUUCUCUAGUUUACAAAUGACAUAUGAGUUUUAUUUGCUUUAUUUUUUUGAUGCUUAGACUACAGAUAGACUUGUUGAGCUCCUAAGAAAACAUAAGGAAGAAGUCCUUAUUUGUGAAAAGCACUUUAUGAGCAAUUUGUAUAGACAGUAUGUGGCUGCUUCACACUGAUCAUCUUGUAUGGCUGUAACAGUCUUGUCUGUAAAGUGCUUCAGUGCCUUCUGUAGUGUAUUUUAUUUUUGGUAGGGAGAGGUGAAGCCUUCUGAAAAAUUUGAGAGCAACUAUAAAAGAUUGUUUUUAAAUAUGUUGUAUUCCUGAUGGACUUUUUUCAUCAUUAAACUAGAGUCUUGGGCCUAGAUUUUUGCCACUGAAAUAAUAUUGACCAAAAAAAGUAGUUUAUAAAAGGGAUUUGUGAAAAGAAAAUCUAAGGUGCUCAUUUGUUCUUAUGUGCACCUUAAAAGAACAUUCUUGUCUAGCUGUCAAAUUCUGGUUCCUGAACAUCUGUCCCUGUUCAUAUGUGAGAUCUGAUAGGACAUACUAGGGCAUCCUAGAAGAUAAAAUCCCAUAUAAAUUAUAUGUGUUAUAUUUAUGUUGGUGUUAGAGAAGAAAGAGCAUUAUAUAAAGAAAUAAUGUAAGAAUUCAGCACCGUCAACCUGAAAUUUUGUAAAUACUUCCUAGCUUCUAGUUUGGUGCAGUCACAGCUCUUUUAUCACACCAUGUUCCCUUGUAUUCAUCAGGCAGAGUCCGAGCUGCUGCAUGCCCCUCCUCAGAUCUCACCUGUCCCCACUGUACAUCCACCUCGCCAGCCGCUUGCAAACCUCAUCUCUAGCUUUAGUUUGAAACACAUUGCAGGGUUCAGGUGACCUCUUCAAAAAACUACCUCCUCAGAAUGAGGUAAUGAAUAGUUAUUUAUUUUAAAAUAUGAAAAGUCAGGAGCUCUAGAACAUGAAGAUGAUUUAAAUUUUUAACGUUUUUGUGUACUUGUAUUUGAGCACUCUCAUUUUGUCCUAAAGGGCAUUAUACAUUUAAACAGUAAUACUGUAAAACAGUGUAGCUCAGAGUAUCUGAAUGUUGUUGGAAGUGGUGCCAGAAUUUGUUUAGGGGUAUGUUUCAGAAUCUUAACCUUAAGUCAGUUGCAUGAAAUUAAAUAGUUAUGGUAUCACUUCAAUAACAGUGAUGUAAUUUUAAUUUUCAGUAGGCUUUGCAAGACAGUGUACAUCUUCAUAAUGUUAGCCACAGCUUUGUCACAUGCACAGAUAUUUAUAGAGAGAGACUGCCCAGCUAAGAGGGUAGAAUGAUUACCCUUUUUGCAAGAUUCUCUCCUUUGUCCAAGUUGGCAUUGUUAGUGCUAGAAUAUCAGCACCUUGAGAUUAGCAGAUUCCAACCAUUAGGCUAUAAGAAACCAUAGCCAGAGAUGGAAGGUUUACUGUGAGUAUGAACAGCAAAUCGCUUACAGGUCAUACAUUGAAGUGAGACUCUAGAAAAAUACCUUGACAAUUUGCCAAAUGAUCUUACUGUGCCUUCAUGAUGCAAUAAAAAAAAGCUAAAAUUUUAGCAGAAAUCAGUGAUUUGUGAAGAAAGCAGCCACUCUGGUUUAACUCAGCUGUGUUAAUAUUUUUUAGAGUGCAAUUUAGACUGCAAAGAUAAAUGCACUAAAAAGUUUAUAGCCAAAAUCACAUUUAAAAAUGAGAAAACACACAGGUAAAUUUUCAGUCAACAAAAUUAUUUUUUUAAAGCACAUAAUCCCUAGUAUAGUCAGAUAUAUUUAUCACAUAGAGCAGCUAGGUUGAAAAUAUAGUUCAGUGACAUUUCUAGAGAAACUUUUUCUACUCCUAUAGGUUCUUCAAAGCAUGGAACUUUUAUACAACAGAAACGUUUGACAGAAAUUUCAAGAAACCGCUGUAGUUUAGAGUUGAAGUACUGUAUGCUGGGCAGCAAUCAUGUAUUAACUUAGAAGGGGAAAUUAAAAAUACAGGACAGAAUUUGAUUUUAUCAGUUUCCAGAGUACUGCUGCCAACCUAGACACUGAUUUUUCAGAGAUUGAAAUAUAAACUUGCCUCCCAGGACUUGUUUGCAAAUGAAGCUGGACUGCACAAGCAAUCCUGCUGCGGUGUGCUGUGGGGGCCGGGGAGGUCUCUGGAGGCGUCCUUUAUGGCCUGGCCAGUGGGUGUAACACCCGACGUACUCCAUGGUAUGGUUCUCAUAUCUUGUUUCAUUUCUCACCACCCCCAAGAAAGUCAAUGUAUUGUCUCCAGCGCGUCUUUGAGAUGUUUACUGAGAUACAUUACUGAUGCCCGUAGGUAGUUGAGCCCCAGAGGAGAACAGUAGCAUGCCUGCCUGCAGAGGCAAUGAUUUGUAGAUGGGCCAGAGGAAGGGGAAGUGGCCAGUGUAUUCAUGGUCCAUGUUACUAACUCUGGUAAAAUGAAAAUGGUGUUAUGUUAGAUUUUUGUUAUAUUAGUACAUUAGACAAAGUAGGCUUUGUUUUAUUGUUUCAAAUAACCCAUUUUCACUUGUGCUUGGGCAAAGGCAUUAAAACUGAAAUUCAGUCCUAAUUUUUAGUAAUUGUGGAAAGGGUAAUUAACAGUUCCAAUCAGGUGUUUUGAAGGUAGAAGAGGACAAAUUGAAGUCCUAAAAUCUUCUAUCAUGGUAACAGUGCUUUAAAAACACAUAGGGACAGUUGGUCCCUACCUCAAUAAAGUGAUUAAAGUAGAUCCUUUAUUUCAGCAUCCGCAAGUUCAGAUGUCAACUUAGUUUUAUUAAUUAUUAAAUCAGUUUUUUUAAAUGUUACUUUUAUUUAGCUGUUUUGAUAAAUUACAAUGAUAUGACCAGUUGUGUAUGAGGACACAGCCAUUGUAAGCCAGUGUAUCUGUUUUUCGUGGUGCAUUUUUUAAAAGAAAUUUGUAGAUUGAAGUGCUACUAAAAUGUUUGUUCAUGUUAGUAUCAUAAGAAUUCUGUGUGCAAACCAUCUGCUUCUCCUGGCAGGCUGAGUAAUAUUAUGCAGCACCCAUGAGACUGGUUCUCAUCCACAGUGCGUACACAGAGAGGUGGCAAGGGAAGAGUCUGUUUACAGGGGUGGGAAUGGGAGUUAUGAUUAAGUUGCUUAGUCCCAGUUUUGUUUUGAAAAUUUGUUGCAUUUGUGCAUUAAGCCUUUUUGAGACCGUGUGUGUUUUGGUGGAGUAUGAGUUACAUAGAAGGAAACUGCAGACUAGUAUAAGCUACAAAGCUCACAGACUAGGUAGGCACAGACGUAGAGAAAGUAGACCAAAAUGGGGUGAGGUAGGAGUAAGUCUGGGGAUAGGGAAAAAUUAAUGUGAGGGUAGGGAAUAAACUAUUAUUACCUGAAAUAAAAUGUAAGAGUGCAAUAAGUGUGCUUUUUAUUCUAAGCUGUGAACGGGUUUUUUUAAAAAAAUCAUUCCUUCCUAAUACAUUUGUGUAUGUUGCAUAGCUGAUUAAAACCAGCUAUAUAAACAUAUGAUGCCUUUUUAUUCGUGUUAAUUACCAACAUAAGUGGCUAACCUUUGUCUUAUUUAUCUUCAUGUUAUAUUAGUUUACAAACAGGGGUGUGUGUAUGUUGUACCCUUUUCCUUCCUUCACUUGAAAAUGCAUUCAUUGAGUCCUCUGUGUUUCCUUUGGCCACGCCACAUGGUCUAGUCUCGGUUUGGCCUUCAUGAUAUCGCCUGAUUUGAAGGACUGUAUCAGUGAUAUGUGUUUGUGGUAAUCUCAUUUGUUGGUUGUACACCUGAUCCUUUCCUCACACAGCAGUUGCUGUUUUUCCUAAGAUAGGAUCAUAGAACUGAUCAGGGGAUUGAAUUUUAUCAUUUCAUCAACAUGCAUCUCUUUGAAUUCUAUUCAGUAGUUGUGAUUGCUCUUUGGUUUAGACCAAGAAAAAGGAAAAUCCUGCCUUUUCAUGUAUUCCUUGGUUUGAGGAAGUCUCCUGGAAGGGAGAGGAAAGGGAAAUGUUUCAUGUUUGAACUGCAGUGAAUUAAUGGCUCCUGUUUCACCACUCCAAACCUUAUGGCAAUUCACAUACACAUUCCUCUCUUCUCUGUUACUGCCAAAGGUUUGGGUUUAGUUCACUUCAGUUCCACUCAAGCAUUGAAAAGGUUCUCAUGGAGUCUGGGGUAUGCCCAGUGAAAAGAUGGGGACUUUUUAAUUGUCCACAGACCUCUCUAUACCUGCUUUGCAAAAAUUAUAAUGGAGUAACUAUUUUUAAAGCUUAUUUUUCAAUUCAUAAAAAAAGACAUUUAUUUUCAGUCAAAUGGAUGAUGUCUCCCUCUUGUCCCUUAAUCCUCAAUGUUUGCUUGAAUCUUUUUUUUUUUUUUUUUUAAUUCUUCCCCAUACCCACUUCCUGAUACUUUGGUUCUCUUUCCUGCUCAGGUCCCUUCAUUUGUACUUUGGAGUUUUUCUCAUGUAAAUUUGUAUAAUGGAAAAUAUUGUUCAGUUUGAAUAGAAAGCAUGGAGAAUUAAAUAAAAAAGAUAGCUGAAAUUCAGAUUGAAGAAAUUUAUUUCUGUGUAAAGUUAUUUAAAAACUCUGUAUUAUAUAAAAGGCAAAAAGUUCUAUGUACUUGAUGUGAAUAUGCGAAUACUGCUAUAAUAAAGAUUGACUGCAUGGA